AUGGCUGGCUUCACGUCUCUUCUCGUGGCCUACCUGCUCGGAGGAGUCACUUUUGUUCCUCUCGUCGUCUUGUCCGUUCUCGCAUACGUCUUCUACUCGUCCCCCGUUCGCAGCGAUGCCGACCUCCCCGACGAACCGAGCGGCUACGCCGACAUCGUCCACAAGGGCGACGAUACGACCGCUCUCGACGCCGCCAAGAAGGCGCACAAGGACGAGACCCGGGCGCACGCAAACGAUCUCGACGUAGCUGCUGGCUUCUUUGCCGUCUGCAGAGAGUAUACACCCAUGGGCAUCAACGCAAAGCCUAUCGAGCGCUCGACCCCGGUCGGUUCGACUACCGUGGCCUCUCCAAGUCCCAGUGUCUAUCAGACGAUGUAUCGGAGCAUCUUUGAAAGGAAACCCACCCCGGGACCCCUGGAUAACAAUGGGAACGGGUCGAGUCAGCGUCCCAAGAACGCUGGCAACGUCUUUUACGUAGUCCUGAGACACGGCCACCUGAUGCUAUUUGACGAUGAAGAGCAGGUCGAGGUUCGACAUGUUAUUUCACUUGCACACCACGAGAUCAGUAUAUACUCGGGCGGCGAUAACACCCCCGAGGGCGAACUAUUCAUCAAGCGCAACGCCAUCCGCCUGUCCCGAAGACAGGGCGGCGCAGACCUGGGCCCCGAUAGCCAGGUCUCGAAGCCUUUCUUUCUCUUUUCCGAGAACUGUUCAGCUAAGGAGGACUUUUACUUUGCCCUGCUCAAGAAUCAAGAGCAGACUUUUGGCACGGACAACCAGGUGCCCCAGCCUCUACACUUUGACGUCAAGAACAUCAUCUCCCUGGUACAGAAACUCCACUCGACUGAGGAGAAUAUUCACUCGAGAUGGGUGAAUGCGAUGCUUGGUCGGGUUUUCCUGGGCAUUCACAAGACGCGCGAUCUCGAGAGCUUCAUUCGUGAGAAACUCACAAAGAAGAUUUCCCGGGUCAAACGGCCCGCAUUCCUCACCAACAUUGCCAUUCAGGGGAUCCACACGGGCGAUGCGGCGCCAUACUUUACCAACCUGAAACUCAAGGACCUCACCGUCGAAGGAGAGUGCGUCGUCGAGGCCGACGUCAAGUACUCGGGCAACGCUCGCAUCGAGGUGGCGGCGACGGCCAAGAUUGAUCUUGGAACCAGGUUCAAGGCUCGAGAGGUCAACCUCGUUCUCGCGGUUGUCCUCAAGAGAGCUGAGGGUCAUAUGCUCUUCAAGAUUAAACCUCCACCCAGUAACCGUGUCUGGCUCACUUUUCAGUCCAUGCCCAAGAUGGAGAUGGAUAUUGAGCCGAUUGUGAGCACCAGACAAAUCACAUAUACCGUUAUUCUCCGCCAGAUCGAGAAUCGAAUCAAGGAAGUCAUCGCCGAGACUGUUGUGUUACCGUUCUGGGAUGACAUGCCCUUCUUCAAGACGGAGCAUAAGCAGUGGCGAGGAGGUAUCUUUGAGGGAGAUGAUGCCACAGUCGCGUCUGAUGAUGCUGAGAGCAUAGCGGCAACGGCAGGAGACGUUGGAGCCGUGAACCGCCUUGACGGUGAACCGGAUAUGACAGAAGAGACUCGUCCUAUGGAGAAGAGCCAUACAAUACCCGUUAUGGAGACUCCUCCAACACCUACCGGUCUGUUUGGCCGGAAGCACAACAAGACGGGCAACAAUCCAGCGGCAUCUGCUUCUUCAACGAGCGUCGACUCCAAGGGAGCAAGCGCUAGCCCUAUUCUUGCGCCCAAGAUCACCAAGUCCAUGGAACCCAUCGUUGGAACAGAUGCUGCCCAUGCCGAAAUUUUCAAGCCGUCCUCACCACCUGAUCAUGCAACGAACUACAUGGCUGCCUUGCAAUCACGUUCACAAGAUGCUUCCCCAAAGCCACCGCCUUCUACGGAUUCUCCCCCGAAAUCCUCAGCUGCAUCCCAACGAUCCAGCCGCUCUUCGUCGUCAGCGAAGGACACGCUUGGUGAGGUGUCGGAAGAUAGCCAAAAGACACCGGUUGCGACGGGGCGUCGUAAUACAACCUCAUCGACUGGGUCAGCAUCUCUUUCGGACGAAAGGGGAACGGGAUCCUCAUCAGCAUCCAUCAAGGAGUCAAUCAAGAGCCAGACAGGCUCCUUGGGGCGCAACUUCUUCAUGCGGCGAGGAAACCAGGAACUGCAAGAGUCUGAUGAGCCAACUCAAGGUGAUGGACCUCACGAGCACGGCCAGAAGCAGACAACUCUGGCUGCCGUCUCCAACGCUGCCAUGCAAGCUAAACAAUGGGGCUGGAAUGCCUAUCAACGACACAAGGAGGCGCGAAGACAGGCAGAACAAGCAAACCACCUUGAUCUCAGCCAGCCCAUGGGGAGAGGCCAACCACUACCUCCCCCUGGAACACCGCUUCCAAAGCCUACCAACGGUAUGACACGGAUAGGACCCCCUGUCAACGUUCCGGCAAGGAAGCCUGUUCCUUCUCAUGGUUCUGCCGAGUCUCUGGACACGCAUCAUGAACAUCACCACGAACAUCAUCACGAGAACCACCAUGAGCAUCACAACGAUCACCGGCCUGCACUUCCCCCUACGUUGCACCAACGUGGUCGACGCAGGCAGAGCCAUGCACCAGAGCCGGAUAUCGGUCAGAAUGUGCUUGUUGUCGCUGCCCCCGACGACUCUCAGCCGACAACACCAUCAGCAGAGGACCACUCUAACCGUCAACCUUGGGCAUCAAGUGGCGAGCAAACUAUGGCGAACAGUACAGUAACUUCUCAACAACCUUCGACACUGACUCCCGAGUCCUCCAUAGUGAAGGAUGACGGCAGUUUGGUCAGCCCGAUAGAGGCACUACCCGCCUCCUCGGCCGCGGCCGACGACGAUGACGACUACUCGGGAUGGCUGGACAAGGACGCCUUAGACAUGGAGAUUAACGAUCCUGUACAAAUUCCUGUGUCACAGGGAGUCAAGUAA